CAAGAUUACUAGGGGAAGGCAUAGGAGACUUCCUGGAGCUUGGCAACAACAUGUAAAGGACCCGCAAACGUCUACAUGCCAAAUCACUGGACUCCACUGCUGGAUAUAGCCAAAAAGACUGGAGCUGCUCAGGUGACUGUCCCUUCUCCAAGAGGGCUCUAUCCCCAAGUCUGCUCAGGCAUGGAGAGUGCAAUCACAUUGUGGCAGUUCCUGUUGCAGUUGCUUCUUGAUCAGAAACAUGAACACCUGAUUUGCUGGACAUCCAAUGAUGGUGAAUUUAAGCUACUUAAGGCAGAAGAAGUGGCUAAGCUGUGGGGACUCAGAAAAAACAAAACUAACAUGAAUUAUGACAAACUGAGCAGAGCUCUGAGAUACUACUAUGACAAGAACAUCAUCAAGAAGGUGAUUGGGCAGAAGUUUGUAUACAAGUUUGUGUCGUUCCCUGAGAUUUUAAAGAUGGAUCCCCAUGCUGUGGAAAUAAGCCGGGAGAGCCUUUUGCUGCAGGACAGCGACUGCAAGAUACCUCUUGAGAGCAGAGAACAACACAAGCACAGCCUGUCGGUCCUGAAAAGCACAAGCCGUAAUGAAUAUAUUCAUUCGGGGUUGUAUUCAUCAUUCACCAUCAACUCCCUGCAAAACCAGCCAGAUACUCUCAAGCAGAUCAAAACAGAGAAGCUGGAGGAGAAACUGGAGGAGACCACACCUUUGGAAGAAGUCCGGACUGUUAUAAGGUUUGUGACCAACAAAACAGACAAGCAAGUCAUGAGGCCCAUUGUGUCAUUGCCAUCAACAUCUGAAGCAGCCGCUGCUUCUGCUUUCUUAGCAUCCUCUGUCUCUGCAAAAAUAUCGUCAUUAAUGUUACCCAGUGCAGCCAGCAUCUCCUCAGCAUCGCCAUCUUCCACCCGGUCGCCAUCUCUGUCUCCUAAUUCGCCCCUCCCCUCAGAACACCGAAGCAUCUUUUUGGAGUCCAGUUGCCAGGAUUCUGAUUCUCUUGAGCCACUGAACCUCUCUUCAGGAUCCAAGACAAAAUCUUCUUCUCUUCCCCCAAAGGCUAAGAAACCCAAAGGCUUAGAGAUCUCGCCACCUCCAAUGGUUCUUUCAAGCACUGACCUCGGCUCUAUUGCCCUUAACAGCCCCGCACUCCCAUCAGGAUCUCUGACUCCAGCUUUCUUCACAGCUCAGACCCCAAAUGGAUUGCUGUUGACCCCGAGCCCACUGCUUUCUAGCAUUCACUUCUGGAGCAGCCUCAGUCCUGUUGCUCCUUUGAGUCCUGCCAGGCUGCAAGGACCAAACACCUUGUUCCAGUUUCCAACUCUGCUAAAUGGUCACAUCCCAAUGCAAAUUCCCAGCUUGGAUGGGGCCUCUUCUCCAGUUCUCCUUUCUCCAAAUGCUCAUAAAUCCUGAUAUCUCAGCAAAUUAAGGACUCGCUAACAAACUGGAUUUAACACAGCCAUUCUGAUGGGUUUCAUUUUUCUGGUGACACCAGGAGGACAUCAUGAAACCCUCUUUUACUAUGGUUUGCACUUUUCAUUACAUGGAUGAUCUACUUGUAUGAUGUUUAUUUAGCAUUUUUAAACAGUGUUUUUUUGUAUAAGAAAAUCUGUUGUGCAUUAAAAAUGAGUUAUAAUUUUUUAUAUCCUCGCUCUCCAAGUGUUGAACACUGUUUGUUAAUGAAGUACCUUUCUUAAUAGAUUUCAAAACAAUAUCUAAAGGAUGUGAAACUUUUUAAUUCUGUAUUUCUGCAUAUUAUGCAUCAUGCUUGUGUAAACUAUAACCGGCUGUGCCUUCUUUUGCAUAAUGUUAUAUAAAUGAUUUAUAUAUUUUCCAGUAUUAAGAUAAAGGUUGAAAAGGAACCAAGUAUUGACCCCCUGCCCCCAUGCUAGUAUUUCAGUAUUCCCCUUCUGGUAGGCCAUAAUGGUGCAGUAUAUUCAUGUAAUUUUGAAUUAAGUGCUUUCCAGUUAUAUAAAGAAUUCCUUCUAUUUCCUUGCUGAAUUGAGGGGCCAUAAUAAAUGUUUUGGCCAGUAAGUGUGUUUAAGAAUAGGACACUAUUUAGAUAUAGGUGCUUGAAUUCUUCUCUGUGGUAAGAGGAACAUGGCCUUAAAAUAUUUAUAUCUUAUUUUAGGGGCAUUCUUAAAAUUAGAGGAUUUAACCUUGCUCAGUACCAUUCAUUUUCAUUGUAUUCAUCAGAUAGUUGGAAGAGAUUUCAAACUGAUCUUUAUUUUAUCAACCAUGCUCAACAUAUUAGACGUUACAGGAAACUUUUUCAAGUGUGUUGUUAAUCAGGGGCUCCUGUUUUGCAUGGGCCGAAGUUAAAAACAAACAAAACAUAGGCAGUAUUGAGAACUUUGAGAAGUAUUUCUAGUAAUCAUGAUUGGGAAAAAAAAGUCUUUAAAGAUGAUUUGAGAUUAUCAACAACCAUGAAGCAAACACCGUAAUACUCAGAAACAUGUUUUUAAUGCUUCUUUUUCCUGUACUAAUCUAAUGUUUGAACAUUAUGAUUUUACAAUACCGGGGCUUUUGGUCUCCCCAGGCAGCUAAAACUCUGAAGGCCAAGGAAUGGAGGUUGUCAGUGCCUUGAAUGUGACAACUGGUUCCCUGAAGAUGAAAUACAAGAGCAUUGCAUCCAUCGGCUGUAAUCUGGAAGAUAGCCCAUGCCUGCAUAUUUUAGGAACAUGUUAACUAUAUAGAGAACAUAUUCAGAUUAAAUGAAGCAUCUCAAUUUGCAUCGCCUUCCCAGAGUUCCUUUCAUAUAAACUGCAGUGCUUCUCUAUGCAUAGCCUAACUUAAUAAUAUAAUCUAGCUUGGAAAAAUGCUGGUUCCACUGAUCUAGAUAUAUCUAGACACUCUGGGAAAAAUGCUAAAGCUUUGGUCUUCCCGGUUGUGAAAUGGAAACCUGUGUGUUUUUAAACAAAAAAUAUGAAAUUACUAAAGUGCUCCAGCUGGUUCUCAUUGCAGUUCACAUUCUGAAGAUUGUAUCACAGCUAAAUUCACCCUUUAUUCUUUCUGGAACAUUUUUUUGCCAUUUAAAGGAGCCACUGAUUUUACUCCCCCAUCUCAAAUUUCAAUUGUAUGAUAUGCUCCGAUAGUUUUUCCAGUUUAUGCUCGCCAUCUUCAUCCCCCUUUUGCAGGAUGUAUGAUUUCAAACUGCAAGUUAACAAGUUCUAUACAUGGAAAACAUAUUCACUGCUGAAUAUAUUAUUUCCUAUCACAUAGAACUAUUGGCAGAUUGUUGGGAUAUUUGGACACCAUAUUUUUUAAAGUAUGCUUUACAGAGUGCCAUCUUUCUUCUUGAUGCUUCUGAUAUUAUAUUCAACAUUUAUUUCCAAUAUAAUGAAUCUUAGUCUACCUUUCAUUGCUGGGAACUAAACAAGUAUUAUUAAACUGGAAAACAGAAAAUAGGAAUCUUGGUAAUAUAUGCUUAAAUUCUGGAAGAUGAUGGAAUUUGACAAAAGACAUCCAAUAACAACCUUUAAAAAGUCUAAGGACCAGACUAUGGAACAAACAUAAUCUCUACACUUUUCUGUAUUUUACUAUAUAAAACAAGAAAUGACCUAAGCCUCAGCAAUCAAAGAAGGAAAAACAUACUAGAUGGAGUAAAGUAAAAAAAUAGAAAAAUUAAAAAUAACAGACCAACUAUUCUGUAACAAUGGUAGUUUGUAAACAAAUAGUAGAUAUGAGCUACUAAUUCAUGCAAAUUAAAAAUCAACUAAAAGAUAGAAAGCUAAACAUGAAGGAAGAUUGCCCAUUAAACAGUUUUUGUACAAAGAUCUGUGGCCUCUGGGAUGGUUUUGGGAAGGCAAAUGCUAUAUAGCAGUGCACUGACAAUGCACAACUUCAAUUUAUGCAGGUUUACAUCAAAUGCAGGCUAUAUGCUUCACUUAAGUUCCUUCCAGUUCAAAUGGACCAAGGUGAAUGAAUCAUCUGGCCUUACCUUAUUUAACUAGUCUUAAGUGACACGGAUAUUAAAAUGUGGUCAUAAGAUUUGUACGCUUUCUUUGCAAACAGUUACAGUGCGGUAAGAUAUAAGGAUUCAGAAUGUCACCCCCGCAAUAAUGGAAGUGUUGUUAAGGCUAGGAAAUGCCAGUGUACACACAGAAAUCACAUUUGCUGGGUAAAGCUGAGCUGCCGUGUUGCUCUUGUUCAUAUUGCCAUUGUAGCAUCUUCCCCAAAAUCAUGCAGAAUUCUGCAAUCUUAUUACAGUCUUAAUUACAACUGAAGUGUGUAAAGAAAAUAGUGCUGUGAUAAAUAUUCUAGCGUUAGGGUGCUGGAAUAGAUAGACCCUCGGUCUGAUCCAGCAUGGCUCUUCUUCUGAUCUUGUGAAAUUUUAGACUGUCAUUUGAUUGCUGGACUGAUUCAUUUCACAGAAAAAGUAUCCAUGCUGUUGUGCACAGGAUAGUUAAGUAGCAUGGGCUUUAGAGGGAGAUGAGGGGUUAAGCAUGGCAUCUGUGGGCACCUGGAAAAACACCAGACAUUUAUUAAGGACAAUAACCUAGUAUGUCUUUAUCUGAUUACCAGUUAAGGAAAGGAGGUGAGAGUUAAAGUGGUUUUGAGUAUGUAACUUAUUACUGAAUAUUCAUUUCCUGCAGCAAACACAUUACUUGUGAAUGUCAGUACCUGUCUCUUUAAAUUUUUAAGCAUACACUUGUUUCUACCUUUUGCUAUGCGAUACACCAAAAUAUACCAAGCAGUCGUGUUUGCAGCAUAAAAUUGUGACAAUCUUGUUGCCUGGGCAUUGAGAGAAGUAUGCAAUGAGACUCAAGGAAGAGUCACAAGAGGACACUAUAAUAUGUUAAUAUGGAUGUCAUUUAACAUUCAUUGUUGGCAUUCCAUUAAAAUAAAAUUAAAACAAAACUGGAGAUAACAGACCUCAUUUGGAAACAUGCAAACUAAAUAAAGUAAUUAAAGUUAGUUAUGUGUAAAAGGCUUUCCUGGACCCAAUAAGCAGGAAACUUUGGUCUCAUGACAUGCAGCAAAACAAAUAUUAGUUGUUUACAAGAAUUUGUCACGAAAUCUUUAAAUGUGGCCUACAACUUGAGAGCUUAUAUACUUACCUGGGACACAUAUGUUUACAUAAAUGAUACAUGAGAAAAUAGUAAACUUAGAUAGCAAUUAGACAUUGUAUUUCUGAAGGUCUCCUUUAGAGGCACCAUAGUGGUUUGUAAUGAUGGACUGAGCAAGGUAGCAGUGGCCGAAAAUACCCAUUAAGCAAUCCUCCUUUUCCAACGCAAAUGUCCUCUAAAUCAGAGAAGUACCUUAUUUUAAUUCACUCUUUGCAUUUGUAAACAUUGGAAUAUCUUCAAGUUAUUUACUUAACCUACCUCACAGGGCUGUUGUGAGGAUCAGUGAUAUUUGUACAAUGCUUUAGAAAAAAAAUUAAAAGAUUACAUAUGUG